AUGGGGAACGGGUCGGUGAAGGCGAAGUCUGUGAAGUCCCCUGGCGGGCCCCAUGGCUCCAGCGGCCGAGGGAAGGGCAAAGAGAGCAGCCGGGGCUCGGGAUCUAAGGCCACCACCCAACUCCUCAAGGCCAAGGUGGAGGAGCUGGAGCAGGAGCUGAGACGGCGGGACGAGGAGCUGGACUCGCGGCGUCUCCAGCUGCGCUGCCUUCAGGAGCAGCUGCUCCAGCAGGGCCGCGUCAUCGGGGAGCUCACCGAGCAGCUCCAGAACCACAGCCUCCAGCUGGGCCGCCUCCACAGCCCCGCCGCCGCCCCCCCGCAGCCCCCUACGCCGCCCCGGGCCCGGCCCGACCCGCUGCGGGCCGCGCUGGACCGCAGGAGAGGCGCCAAGGCCGGCGUGUCGGCCGAACCCUCGUCCAGGACCUACGACUCGGGCACGCUGCCUCAGUUCAGCCUGGAAAAAGCCCGCGUUUGGAAGGAGGCUAGUGUGAAGAAGAUGAUCACGGACUCCCUGAACAGGAACCUGUACCUGAAGAGGCUGGAGGCGCCCCAGAUCAGAGACAUGGUGGAGUGCAUGUACGAGAGGAGCUUCCAGCAGGGAGACUAUGUCAUCAAACAGGGGGAGCAGGGCAAUCACCUGUUCGUCUUGGCAGAUGGUAGUCUGGAGGUCUACCAGCAGAGUCAGCUGCUUACAUCCAUCCCAGUCUGGAGCACCUUUGGGGAGCUGGCCAUCCUCUACAACUGCACCCGCACCGCCUCAGUUAAAGCUGUGACGAGUGUGAAGGCGUGGGCUCUGGAUCGCGAGGUCUUCCAUAACAUCAUGCGCAUGACGGCAGAGACACGGCAUGAACAGCACCGCUACUUCCUCAGAAGUGUUUCUCUGUUGGCAAACCUGCCCGAGGACAAGCUCAGCAAAAUUGUGGAUUGUUUGGAAGUGGAAUAUUAUGACAAGGGAGAUUACAUCAUCCGGGAGGGUGAGGAGGGGAACACUUUCUACAUCAUCUCUAAGGGAAAGGUGAUGGUGACCCAGAGCACAGAGGAUCACUCCGAGCCCCAGGUCAUUAACACACUGCACAAAGGAGACUACUUUGGGGAGAAGGCACUGAUCAGUGACGAUGUGAGAUCAGCCAACAUCAUUGCAGACGAGGAUGGAUUGGAAUGUCUGGUUAUUGACCGAGAAACCUUCAAUCAGACUGUGGGGACAUUUAGUGAGCUUCAGAAAUACCUACAGGGCUAUGUGGAGAUACUGGACCGAGAUGACAAGAAGAGGCAUGCUAAGAAGUUGACCCCCUCGCUGCAGAGCCCACCCCUCUCCCCUGGGCUCAUCGAGCUGAGCGAGAGCGACCAGAGCCCCACGCCUCGCCUCAGCAACCUGGAGGUCAUCACCACUCUGGGGGUCGGUGGGUUCGGACGUGUGGAGCUGGUGAAGGUGAAGAACGAGACGUCGACGUUCGCCCUGAAGCGCAUCAAGAAGGCCCACGUGGUGGAGAACAAGCAGGAGGAGCACAUCCACUCAGAGAGGAGGAUCCUGACGGAGGUCAACUCGCCUUUCAUCAUCAAGCUUCACCGCACCUACAGGGACACCAAGUAUGUGUACAUGCUACUGGAGGCCUGCUUAGGAGGCGAGAUCUGGAGUCUCCUCAGGGACCGGGGAAGCUUUGACGAGCACACAGCCAGGUUUUGCGUGGCUUGUGUGACGGAAGCCUUUGACUACCUCCACCACAAGGGGAUCAUCUACAGGGACCUGAAGCCAGAGAAUCUCAUGCUGGAUGCAGAGGGCUACAUUAAGCUGGUUGACUUUGGCUUUGCGAAGAAGAUGAAGUGUGGCCAGAAGACGUGGACUUUCUGCGGCACGCCCGAGUACGUGGCCCCCGAGAUCAUCCUGAACAAGGGCCACAGCUUCAGCGUGGACUUCUGGUCCCUGGGCAUCCUGGUGUUUGAGAUCCUGACGGGAAGUCCUCCGUUCACGGGCUCAGACCAGAUGAUCACCUACACCUUCAUCCUGAGGGGCAUCGAGUCGCUGGACUUCCCCAAGAGAAUCACCAAGAGGCCAGCGGACCUCAUACGCAAGCUCUGCAAGCAGAACCCAUCUGAGCGUCUGGGCAACCUGAAGAACGGGAUCACAGACAUCAAGAAGCACAGAGUCAUCAGAAUACUCAUCGAGAAGUUGGAGUUCUCUGGGUCCUCACGUUCUUCAACAGGAACCAACGCAGAACACAGGACGCAUUACUGUCUUGCCGAUCAAUGA